UUGGUCAAAGUUGAUAUGCUUUGACUCUCCAAAAUUUUUAGAUUGUCUUAUAAUUUGGAAUGGAGCGAGUAUUGCUCAGCCAGAAGCGUUUAACAAGUGGCGGAAUCAUUAACAUAUGAAUGUCAAAGGGACAGUGGCCACAUUGGGCCUAUAAUGAAACUGGCAAAUCGAGCCCGUGACGCACGCGCCUUCUUUAAAUCCCAAAGUCCAACACUACCGUUGCCAUCGUCGGCAGCUUGCUCAGCCAGCUUCCCAAACGUGGGCGGUGGGCCGUGACCAUGGGCGCAGAGGCCGAGCACGUGGCCGUCCGCCGCCCCGCGGCGGCCACCGUUGUCCUCGUGCCGUUCCCGGCGCAGGGCCACAUCUCCCCGAUGCUCCGCCUGGCGCGCGCCCUCGCCGGGCGAGGCGUCGCGGCCAUCGUCGCCGUGCCCGACUUCGUCCACCGCAGACUCGUCAGCGCCUGCGGUCAUCAGGUGGGCGUCGGCGUCGAGCUCGCGUCCAUAGACAGCGGUGUCCCGGACGACGGCGUGGGCGAGCCCCCGGGCUUCGCCGGCUUCGCGCGCGCCAUGGAGCACCACAUGCCCACCAGCCUGGAGUCGAUGCUGACGACUCGGCGCGGAUUAGCGGGCCGCGGCGUGGCGUGCCUCGUCGCCGACGUCCUGGCGUCGUGGGCGGUCCCCGUCGCCGCCCGGUGCGGCGUGCCCGCCGUGGGCUUCUGGACGGCGAUGCUGGCAACCUACCGCGUCGUGGCGGCCAUCCCGGAGCUCAUCGACAAGGGGUUGAUCUCAGAUCACGGCAUUCCCAUAUCGACCAAAAGAUUAAACACUGGUGAAGAACACAAAGUAAACGGAGACCACCAGAAGACUGGCGACAGCCUCCACGUAUUGCCUGCACAACUAGGCCUGAGCACCGCAGAGCUGCCAUGGCUUGUGGGCGACGCGGCGUGCCAGAAAUCAAGGUUCACCUUCUGGCUUCAGACCAUGGAGCGCGCAAAGAGUUUCCGCUCUAUCCUCGUCAACACCUUCCCCGUCGAAGCCGCCGGCGCCGGCGCCGGCGACGGCGACGACACCGGCACUGAUGCGUCACAGGUCCUCCAAGUCGGACCACUACUGCCGCCACCCAGCGGCGGCUUCGACGACGGUCGCAUUACCAAAGGCGAUCUGCUGCAUGACUCCCCGGCGGCACCACGACGACGACGCUCCACCAGCUCCAAGAACCCAAGCAUGUGGCAGGCGGACGAGACCUGCGUGGAGUGGCUAGACGAGCAGCGCGCGGGGUCGGUGAUCUACGUCUCGUUCGGAAGCUGGGUCGCCUCGAUCGGUCGAGACGCCAUCGGCGAGCUCGCGCUCGGGCUGGAGGCCACCGCCCGGCCGUUCCUGUGGGCGCUCAAGGACGAGCCGUCGUGGCGAGAAGGCCUCCCCCGCCAGUACGCCGAGGCCGUCGCCGGCCGCGGCAAGAUCGUCGCGUGGGCGCCGCAGGAGGACGUCCUCCGGCACAGCGCCGUCGGGUGCUACCUCACGCACUGCGGGUGGAACUCCACGCUGGAGGCCAUACAGCAUGGGGUGCGCCUGCUGUGCUACCCGGUGUCCGGUGACCAGUUCAUCAACUGCGCUUACAUCGUCAAGGUGUGGGAGACGGGGAUCAGGCUCUGUAGCACCAAGAGGAGUGUAGUGGAAGACUGUGUCGAGAGGAUCAUGGAAGGAGAAGAAGGAAGGCGUAUGCAGGAGAAGGUGGAUGAGUUGAGGAAACGAGUCGUGAUGGGUGAGGCCAGAUGUGCAGCAAACGGAAACCUCGACAGUUUUGUUGACGGGAUCAUGAGAAAUGAUCAUUUAUUAGCGCAACCGAGUGCAUUAACAUGUGCUCAUGCAUGCUAGAGCUUUACUAAGAUAUAGGUACAGUACAAGCUCGUGGAUAGAUUUAAUUAGUACCAGCGACUAUUCAAACUUUUUUUUUUAUCUUUUUGUGCCGUUUCUCUAUUCAGUUUCUUACACAAUAAUAUGUAGAUACUCCGUGAUCUCUGUCAGGUUUUGAUAGAUUUGUCAAUUACUCUAUAUGUUUUAAUUUCCAUCCAUAUUCAUAGUUUUCACCCUUUACAUUGCAACAUCUAUGUGUCUUAGCUAGGUCCUGUUGGAUUAAAAGUAUUUUUAGAGUUUUAGAAAAUAUAAUGUUUUUAAUAUACUCCCUUCGUCCCAAAUUAUAAGUCGUUCCAAGACUCUUGGAGACUCAAAACAUUUUAAGUUUGACCAAAAUUACAGAAAGAAUUAUAAAAAUUUAUGAAAUCAAAUAGAUAUACUAUAAAAAUAUAAUUAAUGAAGAAUCUUAUGGUACUUUGUUGAUAUCAUAAAUAUUAUUAUCUUAUCAAAUAAAUUUGGUCAAACUUGAAAUGUUUUAACUCUCUAAGAAUCUUGGAAUGACUUAAUUUGGGAUGAAGGGAGUACUUUGGUUUGAAGUGUCAUCAUGAAGUAUUUGGAUGCAACAAACGUUACAGUUUUGAAAAUUGUUGUAUUGUUCAAAUUAUAGUCCUUUUUAGAGUUUGAAAAACUCCGCAUUGAUAGUUUUUCCCUUUUGCAUUGCACAUCAAUCUACGUAUCUUUUGUGUUUGGUUGAAAUCUUAGCUUAAUUUACAUUGCACAUCUACAUAUAUCUUACGCAUUAUUAUGGUAUCAACAGUCGAUUCAACGCUCUAGAUAUGCAACUUUCUCUAUCAAAGAAUUCUAAAAUCAAAUGCUUAUUACACUGUCGAUGGAUAUGUUACUCUGGCAAAAUGUAUAAAUUUUAUAAUGUUUUAGUUAUAAUAUACAAAUUGUAUGAAGUAAGAAUUAGAUAAAAUAUUCAUUUAAUAUAUUUAAAAUGAUUUGUUAUUUAUAUUCCCUCCAAGAUUAUAAUGUUUUUAAUAUACUCCCUCCAAGAUUUUAUCUAAUUCUAAAAUUCGUUCGUUAAGAAACAUUUUUUACUAUUACUAAACUCCAUCAAUAUAUUAUUUCACUCAUGCAUGCAUGCAUGUAUACUUGGUAUAUUUGGUGGCACACGACAUGUAUGC